CUGCUACAACCGAUGCAAAGCACUUAAGCGGCAGAAUCAUCUAUUCCGCGUUCUUCUUUGGAAUAUGUGACCAGCGAACGUGAUUAUUUCACUUCACUUAAUUGCAUCUAGAAAGUCCCUUUUGGAGAUGCAGUGAAUGGUUUGGAAGAAACAGUCUUGAAAUGAAUCCUGAUUGAAGUACCUUGGUUUGGGUGCAAAGAGCGCCCACAGGAAACAGGAAGAGUACCACUUCAUUUGGAAUUUUCUACCCGUUUAAAUAAAGUAUUAAGAUUUCUGAAGAUGUAUUUCCUGGAAGUUUAAUCAAGAGAGUAUUGCGCAAGAUUAUAAAAACAAAAACAGCUCAUUCCUAAAAAUCUGAGGCCUUCUUCCGUCGUCGGACUUGCUGAUUGCCAACGCGUCCCUCCGCGGAUGAAUCGCUGUCUUCUUUGGAUUCUCCUGACGAGCGCAGUAUGCCGGAGCUUCACCGUUGCCCCCACGUAUUCUCCAAAUCUCUUGAAAGUGCGCAGGCGAAGCAGUUUCCUUGCAGAUGAACUAUUCAGAGCCGAAAACGUUCACAUCCCCGAAAAUGAACUGGAACAUCACCAGCGCCAUAUGGUGUCAGCUGAGGUCAAAAGCAAGGAGGAAAUUUUCGUGGAGGAGACGGAGACCACUGUGUCUCCGCCCCACGACCAUCCAGAGAAUCACACCGAGCACGAAGACCAUUCUAUCCACGUGGCCUCCUGGCAGUGGGAUUAUGUGAGGACGCCUUUCAUCUACACGGCUGUCGUCAUAGUGGCGGGGCUCUGCAAGAUCGGUUUUCAUCACGCAGAAUUUUUAUCUUCGAUUUUGCCCGAAUCAUGCAUGCUGAUAGUUCUAGGCAUCAUAGUUGGCACCAUUGUACAUUUCACUCAUUCCAGGGAGAUGUUGCCGCAAUUCACGCCGAAAGCGUUUUUCCUCUUUCUCUUGCCACCAAUUGUGCUAGAAUCUUCGUACUCACUGCACGACCGAGCCUUUUUCAGCAAUCUGGGAACUAUCGUCCUGUAUGCAGUAGUUGGAACCAUUCUUAACUGUUUCAUCAUCGGGCUGGCCAUGUACGGCCUGACUGCAUACGAGGCGGUGGGCGGAAUCCACCUGCACCUGGUCGAGUGCCUCGUCUUCAGCGCCCUCAUAUCGGCUGUCGAUCCCGUCGCGGUUCUAGCUAUUUUCCAAGAGAUUGGGGUCAAUAAGAAUUUAUAUUUUUUGGUGUUUGGAGAAUCCUUAUUAAACGAUGCCGUCACCAUUGUUCUUUACAUGAUGAUGGUCGGAUUUUCGAAGGCAGACUAUAUCACUGCAGAGCAGAUCGGCCUUGGCUUUGCCGCUUUCAUCUGCGUGAGCCUCGGUGGUCUAGCCAUUGGGAUUUUGAUGGGCGUGAUCACGGCCCUUGUCACAAAGCAUACGGAAGACGUCAGAGUUGUGGAACCCCUCGCCAUGCUUGGAAUCGCUUAUUUAUCUUACCUCUUGGCUGAGAUGGUUCAUUUCUCCGGCAUCAUAAGCAUCAUCGGCUGCGGAAUCGUGCAGGCCCACUACGCCUCGAAGAACAUUUCGGACAAAUCCAAGACAACUGUUAAAUACUUCACGAAGAUGGUGAGCGCCGUCUGCGACACCAUCAUCUUCCUGUUCCUGGGUAUGGUCCUGGUGGAUGAUCAUCACACCUGGCACACGGGAUUCGUCCUCUCGGCCACGAUCCUUUGCCUGCUCGUCCGUUUCGCCACUGUGUUCUUCUUAACCUUCUGUGCCAACAAACUGGAGAGGACUCACUGCAUCAAUGAAGAGGAGCAGUUCAUCAUGGCAUACGGUGGCCUGCGCGGUGCCGUCGCUUUUUCUCUGGUCAUCAUGUUGGACGAGACGGAGCACAAGAACCUUUUCAUCACAGCCACACUCUUCAUCAUCCUCUUCACAGUCUUUGUGCAGGGCGCUACCAUUAAGCCUUUAGUGAAACUGUUGAAGAUCCGUCGGCAGGCCACAAAGAACACCAGCAUGUUCACAGAGGUCAACACAAAGCUUCUCGAUCACGUGAUGGCAGGUGUGGAAGAGGUCACGGGUGACCAUGGAGGGAAUUAUUGGAAGCAACUGAUGUUCUACUACAACAACAAGUAUCUCAAAAAAUGGCUGCAAUGCAAGAGCACCGAGAGCAACCUUACAAGGGUCUAUACGAAGAUGAUGCUCGAAGAUCACUUUGCUCACUUGUACGGCCCCGCGGCUGCUAUUGAGGAUCACAAGCCUCUGCUGCUCAAUAAAGUUUCUGUGGAGGAAGUGGACGACAUCCUGGAGGUGCUCCCUCCUGUCACGGAGGAGGAAGAGCAGGAGACGGAGCAACUGGCCGAGCAAGGACAGGAGGAAGGGCUCAUCUCUCAAGUUAGGCGCCCCAGCGCCAAAUUCGAUCUGCAAGAUCCGGAAGAAAGUCGACCUCUUAAGGGCAAGAAAACUGGACGUUCCCUUGUAAAGUUCACCAUAGGCGAGCGCAAUUCCGAGGCAUCUGCUGUUCCCAAGAAGCCGCCUCUUCUCAAGAGGCAGACGACACUCGCCAUGUUUGCUCCCAAACCCGCAGAAGAUGAUGCCUCCAGGUUGUUGCAAAAGGCGCUCCUCGACAACCCUUACAACAAGCUCCAUCACAAGUACAACCCCAACCUCGUGGACGAUGAGGCUCAGGAUAUGGCGAUGCAACUGAAGAAGCGCAGGUUGCGUACCCGGCGUCUGACCUUGCUGGCGAUGCAUGCCAACGAAGGGUCGGCGGGCACCCCUGAGCGCCGUCUCUCGUCUGAAGACCAGGCAGUCCUCGCCAAUCCCAUGGUGUGCACGGCCGCUUCUUUCUUUCUGGAAAGGGCCCAGAAGCGCAGGGCCCUUUCCAGGUUUUCUCAAGCAGGCGAUUCCUCUCCGAGGACCACCCGGCUGGAGAGGCAGAGUGCCGUCGCCACCACCUCCAACGGUGCCGCUUCCAUUGCCGAAGAGGACGAACCCACAGUUGUUGUCACGAAACCUUCCAGUGAAGUGAAAGUCGAGACCGUGAGGUCCACAGAAUCUGAAGUCUGAAGGCCUGGCAAGCACAAGAGAUUAUCGACAAAACAAUCAUUCUUUUGCGACAUGUCAUCAGCAGAAUUCUUUUCUGCAGAGACCCGACUUUAAAAAAGACGCAUCUUGAAUAACUUGGCGACCUUUUUGAACUACUGUGGAGUCUUAUAAUAAUUUUCUUGGAUGUUAUGGAGUAUCGGCCUUUUUAACUGUGAAUUCUGCACAGAUUGUGAUGGAUUUACUCCCACAAAUAUCUUUUCCAGUCAAUGAUCAGAAUGUCAAUGGCAGAAAAUUAAAUCGACAAAGUAAAAUAUUUUUAAUUUU